AUGGCUCCAAGGGACGAGCCCAAGAUUAUCGUUGCGGUACUUCUCUAUACGGAUCAGAUCUCUCAGCUUUACCGACUAUAUAAGACGUUGCUUUCCGAUGAGGGUAUUGACGCCCUUGACGGCAAAGAGGAUAUUGCCGAAGAUGUUAAGGAGAGAAUCCGGCACGCGAAGGCCAUGUUCAAGCCGGAGCGAAUUUCACUCGAUCACCCAGCCCGAAACUUCCCUUCAGGUACUCGUCUGCCUUUUUUGAGGGAAGACUCGCCCAAGAGCGGAUCAUUUGGAACGGUCUCUAAGGUAGAAGUGCACCCGGAGUACAUUGGCGACGAUGUCAAGGAGUUGAUCAAGGAAUACGCCGGAGAACCAUUGGCCCAGCCUUCAGCAGAUCAGAAAUUCUUCAUUGCACGAAAAAUGAUCCAAGGAAUAAGGGGACAAACCCUUGAAAACUCCGUUCAAAUGGAGCGAGACUUUCUCGAUGUGAUCCGUCAGCAGAAAGAAGGCAAAGAAAAUCUGAUAGAUUUGAUUGCUUUCUACACUUUUGGAGACGAAAUCAACAUGCUCUUUCCUUAUGUGGCACUGAACCUCCAUGAUUUACUCUAUCAUGGCCAGCUUCCACGAAAUUAUGACACCCACAAGCAAUUUCCUGACGAUUGGAUCAGUUCAGGUAUUAGAGGUAUGGCUCAAGGCUUGUGCACAAUUCACCAUCCGCAAAUCGCUGUGGGUAAUGACAGGGAGAUCGUUGGUUUUCACUUUGAUCUCAAACCGAGGAACGUCCUCAUCACCUGGGACGGGACAUUCAAAAUUACUGACUUUGGGCAAGCGCUCAUCAAGGUCGUCCGCAUUGGAAUAGAGCAACACGGAGAGGACGGCUAUCGUGGAGGGGAUCCGGAAUACGCUCCUCCUGAGUCGAUGCCGACUCGUCACCUCGUCGAAUCUCGUUAUGUGAGCCACACCAGCCCUACGACAAAUGGGCGCCCUGGCUCUCGCGAUCUAUUCAAAUAUGACAUCUGGUCUCUAGCUUGCAUCAUGGUCCAAUUAUAUACUUAUCUAUGCCUUGGUAAAGUUGAAUCAGUGGUAAGGUUCGACGAGGAUCGCAGAAUGCGUGCCCCUGGAAGCGAGGUGGCCCCAUAUCACAUUGAUGGAAUGGAUGGGCCGGAGCUCAAUCCGGCGGUGGCAACGCAACUCGACAAGAUUUCGGCUUACAGCUUGAGCGUCGAAUCGCCAGCUUUACACACCUACAUGGAAGGGCUUGUUACAACAAUGUCCCAAAUGCUCGAAAUCAAUCCAUCCGACCGACCUACGUCUGGUGAAGUGGCGGAGCGCCUUACGGUGCUUGUGAAUGAUUACCAAGCGGCGAGGAACGACCCAAGCGGUGUACUUCUAGCGGCCAACAAUGACGACCUCCGAGACAUCCCUAAAAGCUAUGUCGAGGUUGCAAUGGAUACAAACGGCACAUCUUUCGUAGCAUUGGAAGGUGUUCGCAUUGCAAGUCCCGAUUCUCCUCAGAAUGCGGGACUCCCGUGCAGAUUGAGACUGUUUCACCAGAAGGGUGGGUUUUGGAUGAAGAUCUGGUUUAAGAGAGCCUCUAAACUGGAGAUCGUGUCCAAAAGGCUACCCGAGGAAGAAGUUCGAUUGAUUCAUUCAGCGCUUCUUGAUGGCGGAGACCGUGGUCACUGUCGAAUUUUGAGACUGGGUGCUGACGGCUUUGAGACAGAUUUGUACUUUGAAAAUGGACUGGUCGACUUCCACGCGGCCAUCGUCCAGUACAUUCCUCAAUCGUUUGGCAUCGUCGGCGGCGAGCCUCAAGAUGAGAUGCGGCAAUGCUACAGCCUGAGGCACCCUGUCACCGUCUCGGCGAGGCGAGAGUUCCCCAGAGACCUGGCGAAAAUUCGGGACGGCAUCGAAGCAACUUCGGUUCAAAACUGGAUUUCGGUGCAAAAGUGGAAAGCACGGCGACUGACUUACGUGGAUGGGAGACAUGGACCUCAGCGUGAUAUCGGGCUCAGGCUCAUGAUAUUCUUCCAUAACCCUGCGGCAGUCUUGCAAAUACCGCUCAGAUCACGCCUGGGCAAAGUAGAAGUGGAACGUCGAGGCGCUACCACCGCGAUGACAUUCCGCGGUCUCUCCAGGGAGAAGUUCUUCACAUACGUGGAAAAGCUCGAGAGCGGCAUGGAUCGUCAUCUUUGGUUGCCAAUUGGACCGGCACACUAUCCUGUGGGCAAUGCUUACAGGCAAGGGGACAAUAACACUUGGGAAGUGAGACUUGAGACGAAAUAUGAAGAAGGUGGGAUCCCUCCAGUUUAG